UCAUCAUCAAAUGUUGAAUGAUCAAAAUAUUGAUGAAAAAAAAUCAAUGAUGAUGAUCAAAACACACAAAUGAGCCUCUGAAUAUAUUGGAGUUUCAUAUUGUUGUUGAAAUAGAAUAAAUAUAUAUUCAGAUAGUUGCUAUAGCGCCACACCACUUUACAUCACAGAAAUAUAUUCGGUCUAUAUAUUCAACUCAGAGAAUAAAAUAUUCGGAGAAAGAGAGAAAUACCAAAGAAUUGCAAUCGCCUUAAACCAAAUUUUUUUCACCACAAAUACCUCAUCCAGAAAAAAUAACCAAAAGAGAAGCAUAAAUUCCAUGCCUUUUUUUUCUUCCAAUCCUGUAAUAAAUCAAGUGAUUUCGAAAAUCAAAGAAAAAAAUUCUCAAUCAGGAUCAAUUUAGAUUUCUACUUUUCUAAUCUCGAUUUGUUUUCUCAAUUCGUUCACAUUCACACACACACACACACACACAAUCAACCUGAUGAUAAUCAAUAAAUCAAGUUAUUCAUUUCAACUCCAUCAUUCACCACUAAAUUUGUAAUCUUGUUUUGUUGUGGUGGUUUUCAACAUUUUACGUAUCGAAUUUGAUACGAAAGAAGACGAAAAAGAAGAAGAAACAUCAAACCAUAUCACAUUGAAAAUAAAGUUGUUCAGUUAGUUUUUUUCUCCUAAUUUUCUCUCAAUCGGACAAACAUAAUUUUUCUCGGCCACAACAUUAACCAUACAUUUUAUUUUCAUGAAAAAGAAAAAAUGAAGACCAGUGAAAAUAACAAUGAACAACAACAAUGCUAUACGAAUGAAGAACCUAAAGUAUCAUCAUCAUCAUCAUCAGCCAAUAAUAAUGAUUCAACCAUUGAAUUGGAACCAUUCAUUCAUCAAGUUGGUGGCCGUAGUACGAUACUUGUAUUGGGCAAAUAUAUUUGCAAACCAAUCAAUGAUCGUGAAUUAUUAUUCUAUGAAAGCAUUGAUCAUUAUGCAUCAACAUUAAAACCAUUUUUACCACAAUAUCAUGGAACAAUAUCUGUAAAUUUUGAAGAAAGUAAUGAUGGCUAUAUGAUCAUCACAACGAAUGCUCGUUUACUUGAAGUUUCACUAUCAUCAUCAUCGUCGUCAUCUGAAUCAUUAAUAAAUAACAGUAAAAAAAAGAAUAAUGAAACACUUUCAUCAGAUUCUCCUUAUCAAAAAUUUGUGACCAAAUAUCGUAUUAAAUUGGUACGACCAAUCAAAGAGAUAAUAAUCGAAAGUCAUGAACAAGAUGUAGAAUACAAUCGUCAACAGCAACAACAACAUGUUCUUUUAAAUCUAGAAUCGGCCAAUAAUCAACUGAAUUAUAUUCUUAGGAAUAAAGAAAAUACAAAAGCUGUCGAUUCGAAUUUGAAUCAUCAAAAUCACAGUUCAUCAUCAUCCGGUACAGCAACAGCCGUAACAACAACAAAUCUAAAUCGUUCCCGUUCAACAUCGAUUUCUAUACCAAAUUUUGAAGAUGGUAAUUUUAAUGAUUCUAAUGAUCUAUCAACAUUAUUUGAUAAUCAAUUCUUCAUCAAUGAAGUGGGUCAAAAUGGUUAUAGAGACAGCAGCAGCAGCAGCAGUAACAACAGUAGCGGCAAUAAUUGUAGCAAUAAACGUAAUAAAAUUCAAUCACCCGAUAGCUAUAAACAUUCGAUAGGUGGCCAUUCCCAACAACAGCAACAACAACGACCGACAAUGGCCAAUAUAUCUAGCCCUCGGUUGAUUAGUUAUAAUAGUCUAUCCACAACCAAACAUAAUCCAUGGGUGUUGAAAACAUUUUCCAUAUUAAGCGAAUUCAAUGAAUCAAUGAAAGAACAAAAAUUCAUUCUAUUAGAAAAUCUUACAUCGGAUUUUGAAUAUCCAUGUAUAAUGGACCUGAAAAUGGGUACACGUCUCCACGAUGAUCAUGCAACACAGACAAAAAAACAAAGUCAUGAAUCGAAAGUUAAUGAAACCACUUCUGGUGCGCUCGGUUUACGUGUUACCGGAAUUCAAAUCUAUGAUAAAGAAAUGGAUAAAUUUAUCUGUUAUAAUAAGUAUUAUGGUCGCAAAUUAACGCCAGAAACAUUUCGUUCAACAUUGAAAAUGUUUGUUUCGAAUGAAAAUUUUUAUAAUCAUCAUAAAUUAUUGGAUAAAAUGAUUGAACGAUUACAACGGCUUCGUACAAUUAUCGUUGGAUUGGAUAGUUUCCGUUUCUAUACAAGUUCAUUAUUAUUAAUUUAUGAAGGAAACACUUGUCAUUGUAUUGAUAAUGAUGAUUGUGAAUGUUGUAAUCAAGAUCAAGAUCAAGAUAAACCAAUGUUUGAUGUUCGUGUAAUUGAUUUUGCACAUUCAACACAUGCCAAUCUUCAUCAUCAUAAUUAUAAUAAUGAUCAUUCAUCAUUGUCACCAUCAUUAUCAUCACCAAACAAAUCAUCAUCAGAUAUUCAACAUCGUGGCUAUGAUGAAGGAUUUGUUUAUGGAUUAGAUAAUCUCAUUAAAAUUCUUUCAUUAUUCCGUAAAGAAUAUAAUGAACAAAAUUUAAAAUGAAAAAAAAAUUAUAUUUGUAACAAAUUCUAUUAGAUAUUUUCAUCAUUGAAAUUAAUGCUUAUAACGUAAACAUUGUUGAGAUUAAAUUAACACGAACCAUCGUCA